AUGUUUCUGGGACCAAGGAAACAAAAAAGGAAAAGCCCCUCAGUUCAAGUUCAAGUUGAUUAUCUGAUACAUAUUCAGGAGAUUAAGCCUUGGCCCCCAUCUCAAUCAUUAAGAUCGGUUCGUUCCGUUCUAAUUCAAUGGGAACAUGGUGAAAAGAACUCAGGGUCUACUAAUCAAGUUGUCCCUUUACUUGGUAAUGAGUCUGGUGUUGGGGAUGGGAGGAUUGAAUUCAAUGAGAUUUUUAGGCUUCCUGUGACUCUGUUGAAGGAAAUGUCCAUUAAAGGUGGCGAUAGGGAGACGUUCCAGAAGAAUUACAUUGAGUUUAAUUUGUAUGAACCUCGUAGGGAUAAGACGCUGAAAGGUCAGUUAUUGGGAAUAGCCAUCGUAGACAUGGCAGAUUAUGGUGUUGUUAAAGAGAGUGUAAGCAUAAGUGCCCCCAUUAACUGCAAGCGGAGUUAUGGGAACACAGCACAGCCACUUCUCUUCCUCAAAAUCCAGCCAGUUGACAAGAGUCACGUCAGCUCAUCUUCGAAUAGUCUGAUAAGAGAAGCUAAGUUGGACAGGAAUGGUGGUGAAUACGGUUCUGCGUUGACAAAUGAAGAAUAUACUAGAGAAGCUGAGAUUGCCUCUUUUACUGACGAUGAUGCUUCCUCGCACUCUUCACUGGCUGUUUCUUCUUCGGCUAUCGAGUGGAAUGGGAGUUCACGUCCUCAACAACCAGAGAAUGGAAAAGAGGUAACGAAGGAUGGCCCAGGAGAGGCUAUUGACAAACAUGUCUUGGAUUCUGAGCAAGGGCUAGCAAUAUCAGAUGAGAAGCCAAUGACCGAAUCACUUGGAAGUCCAAAAGAUAGUUCCUCUUGCUCAUCAUCAACAGAUUUGUCUUCUGAUCCAGUAUUUAUCUCUGACAAAACUAGUGCAUGCAGUGUUCAAUCCUCUUCCUUGUCCAUAGCUUAUGGAGGAACAGAUAAAGAGUUGAACACCAAGACAAGAAGCAAUUUCCAGGAUGAUCUAGCAGAGGAUAUUCAGGUAAAUGGUUCUGUUGUUAGAAAUGGAACUAAAGGCGCUGCUCAACUGAACACUAGGGAAAGUACAUCCAAUGGUUUUUCAGCCAAAGUAGCCUCCCCAGAUGUAGAUGUCGGGGUGGAUGAACAAUUGCGCUUUGGAAACUAUGUUGGAUCUCAAUUGAAUGGGGAUGAUGAUGAGAAAGCUUCGAAUGCUAGUAUUCAAGGCUUCCAUAAGUCUGAAAGUGCUGAUAUUAUUGAAAAGGGUUCUACAGAGGAUAAGAACAGGCAGAGACAUCAAAAAAAUGGACACGAAAGUAAAGGCUUGGAAGAAGAAAUGCUUUAUAUAGAGGAUAAACCAUUGAACACAUUUUCACUAGAUAAUUCCAGAAGUCUAUUCUCAUUAGGAAGUGACACACUUUCUGUCAGUAGGGAAAAUCUCCUAACAAAGGGUGAUAUCCCAAAUGGUGACAGAUUGAAGAAUGUAAAAUCUGUUCGCUCGCCAAUGGACGCAACUAGGAGCAAUGGAUCAGUCAGUACUGAUCAGUUUGUGGAAAAAGUGAAGGAUGUUAUUGUUCAAGUUGAAACUCAAAAUGGUGCUCGAAGCACUAUGAGCAAUGGAAAAAAAGAUGCUAAUUUUUGUGCACAGGAUACAAGAAACAUAAUUUCUGACAGCAAAAUCCAGAAAUUAGAACACAGAAUAAAGGUGCUUGAAGGAGAGUUGAGAGAAGUUGCUGCCAUUGAGGUUGGACUUUACUCUAUAGUUGCAGAGCAUGGCAGUUCCACAAAUAAGGUACAUGCUCCAGCUCGACGUCUCUCUAGGCUGUAUCUUCAUGCAUGCAAAGGAGAUUCCCCAUCAAGGCGGGCAAGUGCGGCUAGAAGUGCAGUUUCAGGAUUAGUUUUGGUUUCAAAAGCAUGUGGAAAUGAUGUUCCCAGAUUGACGUUCUGGUUGUCAAACUCUGUUGUAUUGAGAGGAAUUAUGAAACAAGCCUUCAGAGAACGAAAUUUACAACUUUCUGCUGGACCUUUUGUCAAGAGCACUGGUGACGGGAAGGGAAACAACAAGGAAUUAUCUCAACUUAAAUGGGAGUCAUUUGACUCAUUUCCCAGCAAGGAUACUGGAGGUGCUCUAUGUGAAAGUUUUGAUGACUGGGAGGAUGUUGAUACUUUCACUACUGCAUUGGAAAAAAUUGAAGCUUGGAUCUUCUCUCGAAUCAUUGAAUCCAUAUGGUGGCAGACUCUCACCCCGCAUAUGCAGUCUGCUGCUGCAAAUGCAAUCAAUAGAAGUACAAGUUCUGAUUUGAGAAAAAUCUAUCAAAAAACAUCUAGUUCAAGUGAUCAAGAACAGGGUAACUGCUCUAUAGACCUGUGGAAGAAGGCUUACAGGGAUGCCUGUGAAAGGAUUUGUCCUGUUCGAGCUGGAGGACACGAGUGUGGUUGCUUGCCUGUGCUUUCUAGACUGAUAAUGGAGCAAUGUGUGGCCAGAUUGGAUGUGGCUAUGUUCAAUGCCAUCCUUCGUGAGUGUGCUGAUGAUCUUCCUACAGAUCCAGUAUCUGACCCCAUCAGUGAUGCCAAGGUUCUUCCCAUUCCGGGAGGGAAAGCAAGCUUUGGGGCUGGUGCACAGCUGAAAAAUGCGAUUGGGAAUUGGUCGAGAUGGCUUAGUGAUGUAUUUGGUAUUGAAGAGGAUGACUCUCUUGAAGAUGAGAAUGGCCCUGAUAAUAGUGAUGGUGAAGAGACAAAAGAAUGUGUUAAUAGAUCCUUCAAGUCUUUUCAUCUUCUCAAUGCUUUGAGUGAUCUCAUGAUGCUUCCAAAGGAUAUGCUUUUAAGUAGGUCAAUCAGAAAAGAGGUAUGUCCUAUGUUUGGUGCACCACUGAUAAGGAGGGUUCUUAACACUUUUGUCCCAGACGAGUUUUGUCCAGACCUAAUUCCUGAAGUUUUGCUUGAAGCCUUGAAUUCAGAGGAUCCUUUUGAGACUCGGGAAAAUUUGAUUAUAAACGUCCCAUGUGCUGCAGCUCCUAUAGCUUACCUUCCACCUUCAGCAGAUUCAUUCACAGGUAUCUUGGGAAACAUUGGAAGCCAGGCUCAGCUGACUAGAAGUGGGUCUUCAAUUCUCAAGAAAUCUCACACUAGUGAUGAUGAGCUUGAAGAGUUGGAUUCACCGUUGAUUUCUAUCAUUGACAACUUCAAGGUAUCACCUACUUCGACUAAACCCAGCUGGAUGUCAAAGGAAAAUGGUAGUAAUAAUGCUGUCAGGUAUCAACUUCUUCGGAAGAAGGCAUGUAGUGGAAGGGGUGGGCCGUAUUGA